AGGAAAUGAUGCUGUGGUGAUGUGAUAUUUGGAUGUCCGGAUGUUUCGAAGAUGUGGUGUGUGGAUGUUUUAGACGGGGCUGUUUGAAUAGUUCUAGAAGCUCAUGGAAGGUGUUUGGAGUGUGCGAUGGGAACAAUAUUAAUUGGAGGUAAUCUACCAAUGACUUCUACUUCGUGAUGGUUGUCAUCGCUAAGUUAAAUCAACAGCAAGCAGGGAAACAACAAGGUUAAGCACAAUAUGUCCGAGUCUCGUCCAAAGGUCUUCUUCGAUAUCUCGAUUGGUGAUGAACCAAAGGGUAGAGUGGUGUUUGAGCUAUUCAGCGAUAUAGUUCCAAAGACUGCGGAGAAUUUUAGAGCGUUGUGCACUGGUGAAAAGGGAGUGGGCCAGUCUGGCAAGGCGUUGAGUUAUAAGGGCUCUUCAUUCCAUAGGGUCAUUAAGGACUUCAUGAUCCAAGGUGGUGAUUUCACAAAGGGUGACGGCACUGGUGGCGAGUCCAUCUACGGGGAGAAGUUCGAAGAUGAGAAGUUUGAGGUCAAGCACGAUAAGCCAUUCCUACUCUCCAUGGCAAAUGCUGGUCCAAAUACCAACGGAUCGCAAUUCUUCGUUACAACGGUCCCAACGCCACAUUUGGAUGGUAAGCACGUUGUAUUUGGACGGUUAAUCUCCGGUAAGGGUGUCAUCAGAUCCGUGGAGAGAACAGAGACUGCAACGGGAGACAAACCGGUACAGGACUGUAUCAUCACUGACUGUGGUCAAUUGCCAGAUGACUACGUCCCAGAGCCUUCUGUCCCAGUUGAUGAUGGCACUGGAGACAUCUACGAGACUGUGCUUGUUGACAACGACAACAUCAACCUCGACAACUACGAAGAGGUUAUUGGUGCAAUCGCCACCAUCAAGGAUAUCGGGUCCAGACUGUUCAAAGCGGGCGAUCUUUCCAAUGCAUUGGCUAAGUACAACAAGGCAGAGAGCUAUCUCAAGGACUAUUUCCCAGACGAUCUAUCAGGAGAUCAAAUCGACGAGUUGAACAAGUUGAAGGCUUCAGUCUUCCUCAACAUCGCGCUUGUCAGUCUGAAACUGGAGAAGUACAGCGAAGUGUUGAGAUCUGCCACACAGGCAUUGGAUUGUGAUGGAAUCGACGACAAGUCCAAGGCGAAGGCACUCUACCGUCGUGGUUCUGCCCUACUGAAGUUGAAGAACGAGGAGGACUCACUAAGAGACUUUGAACAGGCUUUGAAGUUGUCACCUGGUGAUGCAGCAAUUCUAAGAGGAAUUGACUCCGUGAAGAAGAGUGAAAAGCAACGUAAGGAGAGGGAAAAGAAGGCCUUCAGUAAGAUGUUCAGUUAAGAAUCUAAACCUUACCCUCUAUCAUCAUCAACAUUACUGU